GUUGGGCGUAGAGUUGAACCUCUUUAGGAAAGUUCCAGAAAUAAAAAAGAGAAAAACCCCAGGAAGGCUCUAGCGGUUCGGUUCUGCAUGGCCCCCAGUGUCUCCAUGUCGUCCGGCUGCGUUGGUGUGAAAAGUGAGGCUGAGAUGAAGCCCAGGGCGGCGCCGCCGCUCCCAUUCAGCGUGGAGGCGCUCAUGGCGGACCGGACACCCAGCCGACCGGACCGCUCAGCCGCUGGCACCUCCGGGAGCCCCGGUAUGGACGCCGUGGUUUCUCCGCUAGCCGUCGGCUCCUCGUUCUCGGUUGGAGGGAUUAUGGAAGUGGUGAAGGCGGAGAGUCCCGAACGGAGCUCCUGGGUGCAGAGCGCUCGCUUCUCCCCAACAUCUCCUAGGCGCCUCAGUCCUCCAGCGUGCCCUCUGCGGAAGCACAAAACCAACCGGAAGCCUCGCACACCAUUCACCACGUCCCAGCUACUGGCACUGGAGCGCAAGUUUCGCCAGAAGCAGUACCUGUCCAUUGCGGAACGUGCAGAGUUCUCGAGCUCGCUCAACCUGACGGAGACACAGGUGAAGAUCUGGUUCCAGAACCGGCGCGCUAAGGCCAAGCGGCUGCAGGAGGCUGAGCUGGAGAAGCUGAAGAUGGCUGCCAAGCCCAUGCUGCCUCCGGCCUUCGGUAUUUCCUUUCCACUGGGCACACACAUGCCUGCGUCCUACGGGGGCGCACACCCGUUCCAGAGGCAUGCCAUGCCCGUGUCACCUGCAGGACUGUAUGCAGCACAUGUAGGAUACAGCAUGUAUCACUUGGCGUGAGACCAAUGCCACUUAGCUUAGGGCAUUCGCCAAAAACUUGUUCCUCCAGCCUGCCGUGGGAACCCAACAGCAACUGAAGGUGAAACAGAAGCAUGCCAGCGUGCUGUUUGGAUGGACAUCCUACAAGGACAAACUCAUAUGCCACGAACACGAGCCAAAAACACUUUCCUUAUUGCCACAUAUCACCGCGCGUGUCAGUGUGCCAUACGUGACUCCAAACACACGUGUACAAACACACAAACCCAAAGGUAAGUUGGGUUCUGUGCCCCAUUACAGAGAGGACUGACCUGCACUCCAUCUUAGAAACCCCACGCCCUUCUAUUUAUAUGCAUUCAUAGCAAUGCGUUCAUAAGUAAAACAAAACUACCCUAGUUAUUGAGAAGAUGAAGCUGAAGACCAUAGACAUAUUAAAAUAAACAGCGCUGACUGUUUUUUCCAAUUGGUUCCCUUCGAAAGGGAUAUUCUGUACUGUAAAAUAUUGUAUAUUUGAAAAUAAUACCAUUUAUAUUAUGAAUAUAUUUGUUGAAUAAAUUAACAAUAAAUUGUUUAUUCAUUUUUUUC